AUGGGCCCUAGAAGGGCAAAUCAGGUUAUAUUGGACACUUCACCUUCCAGCCCCAUCAACGUCGCCAGUUAUGCACAGCCAAUGACGACAGCCCUUCAGGUUGCAAUCGUCGAGCUUCUGACAUCAUGGGACGUUCAUCCGACCGUUGUCGUUGGGCAUUCCUCAGGGGAGAUUGCUGCUGCGUUUGCCGCGGGACAUAUUACGGCUGAGGAGGCCAUUGUUGCGGCGUACUAUCGCGGCUAUGUGAAUGGUUUGAAUGGACGAGAUGGUGCCAUGCUUGCUGUCGGCCUCGGUGCCGACGAGGUUGUUGCGGAGGUGCACAAAUUAGGGCUCGAGGGCCAAGUACAAGCAGGGUGCCACAAUUCCCCGGAAAACGCUACAAUGACGGGGGAUGCAGACGCCAUCGCUGUCCUGUCGGAAAGAUUGCAAGAUCGCGGAGUCUUUGUUCGCAAGCUUAGAACUGGUGGAAAGGCGUAUCAUUCCCACCACAUGGCUUCGCUCGGCCCCAAGCUGGAAGAGCUUCUCCAGGCCGUGCCAUAUUCGACAUCGAAGCAGAAAGAAUCAAAACACAAAGUCGAAUUUAUCUCUACGGUAACGGCAGGCGUCAAGGAAGAUGGCUUUGAUGCCGCGUACUGGCGAACAAACAUGGAGUCGCCAGUCUUGUUUUCCCAGGCAAUGCAAUAUAUUCUUCGACAACGGAAGGUUCAUCUCGUGGAGAUUGGUCCUCACUCGGCUCUGGAGUUGCCCCUGAGGCAGAUCUGUUCAGCGCUUGGAUUGACAAAAGACCAGAUACCCUAUUCCACUGCAAUGAGCCGUGGAAAGGACGGGGCGACCUGUAUUCUGGAUCUCAUGGGACGCCUUUAUCUCCAUUCCCAACCGGUAUCAUUUGACAAAGUCAAUUCGCUUGCAGAGAGUUCCCACGUUCGUGUGAUCCCGGACCUGCCCCCGUACCCAUGGCAGCACGAUAAAAUUCUAUGGAAGGAGCCUCGUGCAAGCUCCGAACUUCGUCUCCGCAGACAUCCACAUCAUGAACUCCUUGGCUCACUCAUCCCGGGUGGCGAUGGUCGCAAUCUGCAGUGGAGGAACAAGCUACAGUUAGAGAAUGUGCCGUGGUUAGAAGGGCACAAGCUCGAGAAAACCGUCAUAUUUCCGGCCGCUGGAUACGUCGCCAUGGCUGUGGAAGCCGUCACUAAAGCAACUGAGGAUCUCAUCUGCGGCGAGAAGACUGAAGUAAUUCUGCGGAAUGUCAAGAUCCAUUCAGCACUGAUGCUGGCUGUGGAUGAAAUUGAAUUGUUCACCAUGCUGCGCCCAAGGUCAGCGUCGUCAGGCUGCGGCCUAAGCUCAUGGUGGGAGUUUGAGAUACUGUCUAACCAGGAUGGUGCCUCCGUGCUGCAUAGCACGGGGUCCAUCAGUGUUCAACUUCAGAUCGAGGAGCCCCUGAAUCGUCAAAUACCCACUGCGGCCCUUAAACCACUCCCUAUUCGCGCAUGUUAUCGCCGACUGGCCCAACUCGGCCUGAACUUCGGUCCAGACUUCCAGUCCCUGGAACGUCUGUGGACCGCAACGAGCGGCUACGCUCGGUCAGAGGUCUCCCAUCCUCAGCAGCAGGCCGUCCAGAAGCCAUUUAGUAUAGUCCACCCAAUAGUCAUCGAUGCGUUAUUGCAGACCGGCAUCGUCGCACAUGCAAGGGGCUCGGUAGCACAAUUGGAGGGAAUGGUACCAGUAUUUAUCGAGUCUGCAGCAUUUAAAGCCAUUCCUACUUCAGAGAGAGUGCAAAUCAAGACAAUCGAUGCCCGUGCGAAUUACGCGGGCACAAAGACGACCAGUCUCGACGCACAAUUGCUGGACUCCAAUGGCCGGGUCUACGCGCGGCUGACUGGCGCGAGAAUGACUCCAUAUACACCAGCGUUCUCUUCAGAACCAGCCAUCCAGCGCCAACCGAUAGCCAGGGUUGUCUGGAAGCCUUGUAUUCUGAAUUUUGGCCCGAAUCGUAAUAUUUCAAAGCAGUCAAAUCUUAUCUGGACUCGCGGGUCUACAGCAAUCGAUUCGCAUCCCAAGAAUGGAUCCGACUGGACACCCAUUCUGUCAAUAGUGGGCUUUAUGCACCCGCGAUUGAGGAUAUUAGAAUUGUUGGAUAGUGCUGAAGCCGUUCAUGAAAUGUGGCAGGCAAGAGCAAAAGCCAUUGAUAUCCCGCCCAAUUACUCCGUGGGUUAUAUGUCACCGGACGGGCAGGUUUAUGCAGCCAGGUUGGGCCACGCAUCUACCUCGGAUCUUGAUCUGGAGCCAGUCAUUCCUCACAAAGGGCAAGUUUACGAUGUCAUCCUAUCGUCCAAGGUACUCUAG